AUGAAUAAUUUAGUGCGUGUUUUAAAUUAUGCAACCUUCCUGGUUUUAGUCUGUGGAAGCCCGUUGUACUAUGAAAAGCCCACGGUGGUUGUCAACAAAGUUGAAUUUACGGAUUCUGGCAUCGUCGACCUACAACGAAUCAAUAAUCUACUGGAUUUUGAUACACCGGAACGGAAUGUGACGGAGGUCAGUUCUGUUGAUGUGACCGAAAAUGAAAUUGCUGAUAUUGAUUCCCGGGUAAAAAAUAGUAAACUGCUUAGUACAGGACCGGUCAGUGUAAUUUCUAAUGCGAAAAAAGAUUUAGUGAACAAUGUGACGAUGUUUGAGUCUACUGAAGCGUUUUCUGUAGUGCCAGUUGGAAGUAUUCCUAGUGAACAAACAACUGAAGUGUUUUCGGAAAGUACAACAGUAAAAGAAGUAAUUUCAGUUCCAAACAGUGCCGCCAAAUACACCGAAACCACAAUCAAUCCUACCACCGAAAUGGUCACAGUAACGGAAAGUUCCAUAACCGAACAAAAUUUGAGUAAGCUAGCGUCAGACGAUACAACAACUGUUACUAGCUCCAGCGAAGAAAUUGAUAUUGCUGAAAAGAUAACUACAACAGAGAUUACAAAGAUAAGCGAUGCUGAAAUAACCACAACUACUGAGAAUGAUUUCCUCGGAGGGAGUCCUACAACAACCGAAGCUAGUGCCAUAAAAUCUGAAGACAUUGUCGGUGAAGUCACGGAAUAUUCGUCGACCACAUUUUCCGCCGAGGCAACCGAAUUGAUUCACGACAUAACUAUUACGACCACGACUCCAGAAAUCAGAAAUGAGAGAAUCGCACCCGUCACCGAUGCUGCAGAACUCACUGUUCUGGAAAUUUCUACUACUACGGAGACUCUUUCCCUACUCGGUAAUCCUACUGGCAAAAUUUAUACAAUGACUUCUGAUACCAGUUCAGAAACAGGAACAACAACAGAAAUAAUUACUUCGGUACUAACAACUGAUUCGGCAAGUAGCUACGAAGAUGCGAUGAUCACUGCAAAGGAAUCUACUACUUCUCAUGACACUGCCAUUCCUGACAUUUUCACAGAAACUCCAAAACUCUUUGCACACGAAACGGUAACUGUAACUAAUAAAAAUCUGGCAGCCACAACUUUGAGAUUUCCAACCGCUUCGGAAGAGGCUAAAGAAUCUAUCAAAGGAGAAAACAUGAUCGAAUUGCCGAUAACUAGCACACAAUUGUAUGACACCACUACUAGUGAUGAGAGUACCACACAAAAUACUAUUGCUAGUACAACAGAAACUCCCAUUUCGACCAACCGCGUUUUAACAGAUGAAAACUUCACCACUACCGAAGCGGUUACUCCAUUUGAGGGAAAAUCUAGUGAAAAAACUGAAAUUACCGCCAAGAAUUUUCCAUCAGAUAGUUUGGAAACUAUGUUAAAAUCAAAAUCAAUCGAUACAAUGGCAACAACAAUGAAGAUUACUUCGAAUGAAGAUGACAUAAUCGCUUCUGAUUAUACCGCGAAUGUUGCUUCAACUAUCACCGGGAGCCUUUUGGAAACUUUACCGACUACCGAAAGCACACCAACUGACAGUAGCACUGUCACUAGCUCUGAAGAUGUGACAGUUCGUAAACAGUUGGUAAGCACUGUUUUGGAUACAUCAACUGAAGUAGUUUUGGUUGAUCAAACAACUACUGUUUCAACGUUGGAAACCACUACAAAUUGGUAUGAUACUUCGUCAAGUGAAGAGAAUACCAGCACCACUGAAAUCGAUCUACCAACUUAUACGAAUAGUUCUACGACAACCAAAAUAGUUACAGCUGAUAAUCGUCUUACUACAACUGAAGCCAAUAUUGAAAUUUGGCCAACUACCAAUGUUCUCGGUAUUACCACUGCCAAAGCUAGUAUUUCAGUGAUUUCAGAUAAUACUAGUCUAGAAGAAACAAUCAAUAGUGAAGCCCGUACGACUACAGAAAUUUCCGUUUCUACCGAUUCGGAACUAUCAAGCGGAGACGAAGAUACAAUGACUACUACUUCUCUUAUGACUACCGAUCUUGAAACUCGCACAACUUUAAUACCACUUGCUGAUGAAAGAAUUACUACCACCCAAGUUAGUCCAACUUCUCGACUUUCGAACCGUGGAGAUACUACAGCUGUUGAAGUUAGCUCGGCUAUUGCAAGCAUAGCAACUACAACUUAUAGAAACCCUGCUGAUUCAGUUGUAACCGAGGAACCUAUCGAUAGAAGAAACAUGGCUGCAGUGACAAUAACCACAACAAGCGAUGAAAAUUCCGAUGAAUAUUUAGUUACCAGUGCAACAGAAACCGAUUCCCAUAUUUCCAUAUCAACAAACCGUAUCUUAACCGAUGAAAUUCCUGCAACUACAGAAAUAGCUGAAGUUAUUACCUCAAAAGCUGCGAAUAUCAAUAAAGUUGAAAUGUUAUUAAAAUCGAGUUCAGCUGAUGAAGAAAAUACAGCCACAACUGAAGUGACUACUUCGAACGGUAUGAACUCUAUAAGUACGACAACCCUUGAAACUGGUACGAGUCAGGAAACAUCUACCAAAACCAAAACUGUAGCUCAAAUAACCACAAUUGUGUCGCCAAACACUACUGGUAGUUGGUAUGAUUCAAUGACUAACGAGGAGAUUGCAAGUACCACAGAAGUCGACAUAUCCACUUCUACGGAAAGACAUUCAGAUACAAGAAUAUCUGCCAUCGACGAUACAACUGCUAUUCUUGAAAACAGAAACCCUCAUGGUUCCACCAUAACCGGUAAUGUCACGGAAACCGUUAUUCUAGAAACAACAACAUAUGCAGAAACAAAACACGCAACGGAUUACGAAGUUACUACAACUGUAAGAGCAAGUUCGCUAGUUGUCGAAGCCCCCGAAUCCACGGGUUCCGGAAAUACUGCGGUCAGCAUAACAGCAACGACCUCCCGAUCCAUAAUGACACCGGUCUCCUCUACGAUCGUUACCAGAACUUCUAGCUCUACCAGUGGGACUACACUGGUAGAAAAAUCUGCCAGAUCAGCCGAAGUGACACCGACUGUUCCGGCAGCUGCGAAUAUUCCGUCCAGUGGUUUUAUCUGCAUAUGGCUGACAGUACUCCUGAUAAUGUUCAGAAUAGCUUACUGA